AUGAUGAGACUGAACUGUUCCCCCAUGUGGAGUGUGGUUAGCCUUUUGGCUUUGUUGCUAUUACCACUUUGGGAGAUGGGCUGCUCUGGCCUGAGCUUUAACUCAGUGCCCCUGCCGCCGGUCGGGACAUACCAAAGAAGCUGCGAAGGGGGGGCACACCACAGGCAGAGGCGCAGUUGGGUGUGGAACCAGUUCUUCGUGCUGGAGGAGUACACAGGGGACGAGCCACUCUACGUGGGCAAGCUGCACUCGGACGUGGACAAGGGUGAAGGGCAGGUGAAGUACGUGCUCAAUGGCCAGGGAGCUACCUCCAUCUUCACCAUUGACGAGAACACUGGUGAUAUCCAUGCCACCAAGCGUCUGGAUCGCGAGGAGCAGGCUUACUACACACUCCGGGCUCAGGCCAGGAAUCGCGAAAACAACCUGCCCGUGGAGCCUGAGUCCGAGUUUGUCAUCAAGGUCCAGGAUAUUAAUGACAAUGAGCCCAAGUUCCUGAAUGGGCCCUACUCAGCCAGGGUCCCUGAGAUGUCCCCAGUGGGCACAUCUGUGGUGACGGUGGUGGCAACAGAUGCGGAUGACCCCACAUAUGGAAACAGUGCCAGGGUGAUCUACAGCAUCCUCGAGGGCCAGCCCUACUUCUCCGUGGAACCAAAGACAGGCGUGGUCAAGACGGCUCUGCCCAAUAUGGACCGUGAGGCCAGGGACCAGUAUCUGUUGGUCAUCCAGGCCAAGGACAUGGUGGGCCAGAUGGGAGGACUCUCUGGGACCACCUCCGUCAUGGUGACUCUCACUGACGUCAACGACAAUCCACCACACUUCUCUCGCAAAAGUUAUCAAUUCAGCAUGUCUGAGUCCCUGCCAGUGGCCUCAGUGGUAGCCAAGAUAAAGACGCUAGACUCGGAUGUGGGGCCCAAUGCUGAGAUGGAGUACAGGAUUGUGGAUGGGGAUGGCCUCGGGUUGUUCCGAAUCACCCCCGACAGAGACACACAGGAAGGCCUCAUCACUCUGCAAAAGGGCCUGGACUUUGAGACCAAGUCGAGCUACACCCUACGUGUGGAGGUGUCCAAUAGACACAUCGACCUGCGAUUCCUCUCCCUUGGCCCAUUUAGCGACACAGCUACAGUGCGCCUCAUCGUGGAGAACGUGGACGAGCCGCCUGUCUUCUCCUUGCCGCUCAGCAAGAUGUUACUAUCGGAGGCAGCAGAGGUGGGCACCACCAUCGGGACGGUGUCCGCACAUGACCCCGAUUCCACCAACAGUCCCAUCAGGUACUCUAUAGACCGCAACACCGACUUGGAGCGCUUCUUCAACAUAGACGCCACCACCGGUGUCAUCAGCACUGCCAAGCCCGUGGACAGAGAAGUCAACGCCAUACAUAACAUCACCAUCUUCGCCAUGGAGAGCUUGCACCCAUUACAAGUGGGAAAGUGCAUAAUUCUGAUCACAGUGACGGACAUCAAUGACAACGCACCCGUCUUUGCCAUCGAGUACGAGACCUACAUUUGUGAGAGUGCCAGACCUGGACAGGUCAUUGAGACCAUCAGCGCAAUGGACAGAGACGAACCUCAGAGUGGACACCGCUUCUUCUUCUCCCUCACUGCAGAGGCUGCUGGGAACCUCAACUUCACCCUGAGAGACAACAAAGACAACACCGCCUCUGUGCUGACCAUGCGAGGGGGUUUCCAGCGUCACGACCAGACUAUGUACCGCCUCCCUGUCCUCAUCAUGGAUGGCGGGAGCCCUGCCCUCAGCAGCACCAACACCCUGUCCAUUCGGGUGUGCGACUGUGACCACGAUGGAGCUCCCCAGUCAUGUGGAAGUGAAGCCUCCAUGCUCUCAGCAGGCCUCAGCACUGGGGCCCUCAUCGCCAUCCUGGCUUGCAUCCUCACACUUCUAGUGCUUGUCCUGUUGAUUGUCACCAUGCGACGGAGGAAGAAAGAGCCCCUGAUCCUGGACGAGGAGCGUGACGUGCGCGAGAACAUUGUACGCUACGACGACGAGGGCGGCGGCGAGGAGGACACAGAGGCCUUCGACAUGGUCGCUCUCCGCAACCUGAAACUGGUCCGUGAGAGCAGUGGCAAGACCCGCCGUGAUGUCACCCCGGAAGUGCCCAGCCUCUUCUUGUCUUGCCGACCACCGCCAGACAAUGGCAUCUUCCGCGACUUUAUCUGGGACCGGCUGAAGGAGGCCGACGUAGACGUGUCGGCACCACCCUAUGACUCACUGCAGACAUAUGCCUUCGAGGGUAGUGGCUCGGCCGCAGAGUCCCUCAGCUCGCUGGAUUCCCUGAGCACGGACUCGGAGCAGAACUACGACUACCUCAGCGACUGGGGGCCGCGAUUCAAGAAGCUGGCAGACCUCUACGGCCACAGCGAUGACGGUAACCUCUUCGCCUCUUAG